UAUUCCAGUUCACGUAUCCUCGCGCUCCUCGGCAUUCCGCCGAACACCUCUCGGGCUUUCGUCGCGCCACCGCCUCGAUGCCUCCGGCUAACCUCACGCCGAACAAAUGGCCGAAGAACCUCACCUCAGACCACCUCCACCGCCUGGUCCGCGCCGAGCGCGACCCUCGCCGCGCCCUUGCGCUCUUCGACGCUGCCACCGCCGCGUCCACUUCUGCGCCCGACCCCAUCACCCCGUCUCCGGACACCGUCUCUCUCCUCACCUCCCGCCUCGCCUCGGCCGGCCACCUCCCCCUGGCCGCCUCCCUCCUCUCGCGCUCACGUGGGCACUUCCCCUCCGCCGACGCGCUCGAGGGUCCCUUCCUCACCCUCCUCCGCGCUUUCUCCCGCACGCACCGCCCGCUCGCCGCUCUCCACCUCUUCCGCUCCGCCCCCUCCGACCUCGCGCUCCCCCACUCCGCUCGCUCUUACACCGCCGUCCUCGCCGCUCUGGUCGCGCACUCGCAGCUCCAUCUGGCGCGCUCCCUCCUCGCUGACAUGCGCGCCGCCGGAUUCGCCCCCACCGCCGCCACCUACAACGUCCUCCUCAAGGCCCACUGCUCCGACGCCGCCGCCCCCAUCGAGGACGCUCUCCGAAUUUUCCGGAACAUCCGCAAACCCGAUGCCUGCUCCUACAAUACCAUCAUCGAUGGGCUCUGCCGCCGUGGCCGCCUGGCCGAGGCCCUCGAGUUGUUCUCCGAGAUGGUUGGGAAAUGCAUUGCGCCUACUGUUGUUACUUACACCACUGUUAUCCACUGGCUCGCACGGGAGGGUUGCUUUGAUGAUGCUUUAAAGUUAUUCGAUGAAAUGGGGAGGAGAGGGAUCUCCCCUAAUUUGGUGACUUAUAGUUCGCUGAUUGACGGUUUGUGCAAGGGUGGACGUGCAUCAUCAGCACUGGAAUUGCUGGAUAGGAUGAUCAAGGAGAAGAAGCUGCCAAAUACGAUCACAUAUAGCUCGGUGAUUGAUGGGCUCUGUAAGGAGCACAGGCUGAGUGAGGCAAUGGAGGUCUUGGAUCGGAUGCGUCUACAGGGGCGGAAGCCUGAUGCUGGGUUGUUUGGGAAGGUAAUUGUUGGGCUAUGUGAUGCAGGAAGGGCUGUGGAGGCUGCAAAUUACCUGGAUGAGAUGGUUCUUGCCGGUAUUGAACCGAACCGGGUGACUUGGGGCCUGCAUGCCAGGAUAAACAAUACUGUGCUGACAGCAUUGUGCACUAAGGGUGAACUUGUCAGGGCUUUUCAGGUAUACCAGAGCACAAGGACUCGAAGCAUUUCUACCGAGCCAACCACUUUUCAUCUUCUUGUUGAGAGCUUAUCCAAAAAGGACAAUUUAGAGAAAGCUGCUCAUGUUGUACUUGACAUGCUGUCAGAGAGAUGCAUUCCUGAGAGGGAGACAUGGGAUGUUGUUAUCAGUGGGUACUGGGGUAAGAAGAAGGUGAGACAAGAAGCCGAGGAGAUAUGGAACCAGCUAACUGUUAGUUGAUUUGAGAAAUAUGGCUCUAUACUGUGUUAUUACUUAAUGUCGCUAGCAUAAAGUAUGCAUCUUGGCCAGCCUACUCUUCAGGAACUGCUGAACUAGAGAGUGUGGAGCCGAUGCUGUGACGGGUGGUAGGGAAGCUAACAAACAGCAUGCUCCCAAUAACUCCAAUGACAACCGGCAAUGCUGUGAGAAGUUGCUUUGUAUCCUCGGAUGGUACUGGAUUGAAGCAAGAUACCACAUUUUGGUCGAACAGUGCGAUUGCAACAAAAAUCAUCGCUGAAACAAUGGCAUGUACAAAAUCUAAAAACCGCAUCCUGUAUUCCGCUGCUGCAAGUGGUUCAAGAGGAGCCCCGCCAUCAAUGACCCACAGUCCCUUGAAUGUGGCGAACCCAUAUCGUACCUUCCCUUCCACAUCUCUGAAGCUAUCUGUGAAGCUGAGAACAAAGCAGGAGAGUGCACAGAACACCACAAGCCCUCCUGUCAUAAUCCGAUUCAUGUCACCGCAGUGGCCUUGUUUUGCAAGGGAGGGGGCUAGGAGCUGGAAGGAAAGAACCGUGCCUGAAGGAAGGAGUUUCGCAAGGUGGCCAGUGCUCUGGUACGUCUGGCCUAUCGCUUUUUGCAUGGGGCUCAUGUUGUAGUUGCCAUCAGCUCUGUUUGACAAGAGAGGACGGCUCUGAUAAUGCUGCAAUUCAGCAUUUAGGUGUGGAGCAGACAUUGUUGCUGCCCUCUUGGCU